UUAGUUUCCAAGAAAUUUAAUAUCAGGUGCGGGAAAGUGACUAGGAAACGCUAACAUACACCUUUUCUCAGAGAUAAAUAUCAAAAGAGGUGUUUAAAUCUCCAUGCUUAUCUCCCCUAGAUUCGCUCUCUGAUCUCCAUUUUUACUUUAUCAUUUCUCUAAUUCUGAUUUAUGCAGAUCUUCUCGGGAAUAAUCUGAAUUUUUCCCUUUCGUUAAUAUUUAUUUUUGUUUAUUUAAUUGUUAUUUAAACGGUUCGUUACUAUUUUCUUGUUGAUUCCUCUCUCUCUCUCUCUCUGACGAAAAUCAUUUUCUCGCUUGUUUCUAUGUUUAACUCGUUUCCGGUUUUCUCAAUCUUAAUUGGUUAGGGUUCUUAAAAUCUCUCCAUUUGCAUCUCUUAGGUUUUUCUUUUCAGCUUCUCCAAUUCGAUUUUUUCCCCUUGUUUUCAUUUAAGAGCUCUAGUUCGCCAAUUUCUAUAGAGAAUUCUUUUGCAAUCACUGGGGUUUUGUUUUCUGUGGGUUUCUUAUUUUAUUUUUGACACAAUCGAAGCAGAAAAUUUCGCUGUUUGUUUUUUCUUUCCUUUGACACAAUCGGAGCUGAAGUUUUUGCUAUUGGGGUUUUUCGAGACUCAGUAAGACACAAUCAGAGAAGAGGAAGUGUUAGAAUGAUAGAUGAAACUAACACAGGAUGGGUAAAGUUCGCCAUGAUUCUGGAUCAGGCGAAGAUUUUGCAAUAGAGAAAUCAUUUCACAAAGGCCCUUGGACAUCAGCAGAAGACCAACUUCUUAUAGCUUAUGUUGACAAACAUGGUGAUGGAAACUGGAACGCUGUUCAAAAGCACUCUGGUCUUUCUCGUUGUGGUAAAAGCUGCCGCCUUCGUUGGGUGAAUCACCUGAGACCGGAUUUGAAAAAAGGCGCUUUUACAGAGAAGGAAGAGCAGCGUGUCAUCGAGCUUCAUGCUUCAAUGGGUAACAAGUGGGCAAGAAUGGCUGCAGAACUACCGGGGCGAACGGAUAAUGAGAUAAAGAACUUCUGGAACACGAGGCUUAAGAGACUACAGCGACUUGGCUUACCUAUUUACCCUGAUGAAGUUCGGGAGCAAGCGAUGAAUGCAGCAGCUCAUAGCGGUCAAAAUACUGAUUCAAUGGAUGGUCAUCAUAGUCAAGAAUCAAUGGAGCCAGACAGUCUUGAGAUCCCUGAAGUGGAUUUCAAGUACUUACAACUCAAUAGCUGCUCCUCGUACUACCAGUCUAUGCUUCGCAGUGUUCCCACGGGCAACCUCAUGAGACAGAGACCUUGUUUCUUUCAGCCUAAUAAUAUGCACAACUUGAUAGGAUCUCCUUACACGCCUAACCGGAAACGCUUUAGGGAACCAGAAACCGCGUUUCCUUACACGGGUGGUUACGCCACCAACGAGCAAUGGAACUAUCCUUUAAUCGACAGCAAUCAGGACCAGUUCAACGUUGUUCUACCGGAUAGCCAUUCGCUCGGCGAUAAUGCUACGUAUUCUUCUUCUUCUGGGCCUCUCAUUCACGACGGGGUCGAGAAGUUGGAGCUCCCUUCAUUCCAAUGUUUUGAUUCUCAAGAAGAGCCUGGCGAUUGGGGAACACAACACUCUAACCCAAUGCCGGCACUUGAGGCAGACAGUACUUUGGUCCUGUCCCCUCCUACAGAUCAGACACCAUCAGAUUGUCCAUCAUCAUUCUGUGAUGGAUUGUUGGAAUCAGUUGUCUAUGGAUCAUCAGGGGAAAAACAGGCAACAAUCACUGAUUCAGAUUCACCACUGUUUCACUCCUCAUUACUUAGCCAUUCUGAGCUUACACAAGCCACUUCAAACACAACAGGACACAACUCCAAUUUUGAAACAGAUUUGGUUCAUUUUGGUCCAACUUCCUCAAAUGAGAGACGCACAUCCUUUGAGGGCUGCGAUUGGAUAAGACAACUUCUUGGUGAUGAUAAGGAUUACUACACCAAGUAGAAGAGGAUUCUCUGCGAUCCCCCCUCGUGUGAUCUCUGACUUACUCUGAGUAGAUUAGUAGUCAUGUCUUUAGAUAUAAUCAGGAGUUCAGGACUGGCUACCAAAAAUAAUGAGAGAUGAGUUUUUUUUCCUCCUGUGCUUUAUAAGCACAGUUUUGAUUUGUUAAGUAUACCAAGCAACACAUCAUGAAGAUCUAAGAAUUUUGAGCAAGCGGCCUGAUGAUCAUGCUAAGUUAUUUUGGAUCAUGUGAUAGAUUUUCAUAGCUGCAUACAAAUAUUAUGCGCAAGAGAAGAUAUUACACCAUGAAAAAGCUUGGCGACAAACAAAUCUCAUCCAAAUCCAAAUCAAAACAUCAGAUCAUAAUGCCCAAGUUAUUUUGUUUGUCACUCCUGUAACACUAGUCACCUCGUCCUUGUAAAGCACAGUAAGACCAUCUACAUCGAGUAGGAGAUAAUUACACUAUUUUGGCAACAGUAUUUUGGGAG